UAGUUCGGACUCUGACCUCGAUUCUAUAGACUCAUCGGACAACCAACCCGCUCAGGAAUUGGAUUCCGACGACCUCCCAUCCGAUCAAGUGGAUUCUGACGACGAGCCAGCAGACGCAGCUGACCUGGAAGAAGUUCAUCGAGACCCUACAUAUGUACCAGACAAACAGUAA